CGACUUAGUCCUCUCCUCUACCGACUCGGCGUCCGAACUUUGGUGAUCCAUUCACUCUUUUUUUCAUGACAAUAAACCGGCCCGGACAAUGCAAUUGGAGAACCAAUUCCGGACAACGAAGAAAGGCUCGCUCUCCAUAUCGGCUUAUUGUCAAACUCUCAAGAAUUUAGCCGAUUGGUUGGACGACGUAGAUGCCCCUGUCUCGAAAAUACAGUUGGUGUUGCAGGUUCUCUGGGGGCUGCCCGACGACAUGCGUCGUCAAACCUCCUUCCUCCAGUUCCAAACUCCUCCGCCAACGUUUCUUCAAACCCGCUCAGCACUUCUUCUCCUGGAGCGUCAGCAAUCAGACUUGGACAGCGCCGAUCCAUCACCUGGCACGGCCCUCUUCACGGCUGGUCACACCGGCGCUCACCCACACAGCCCCGCGGGUAGGGGUCGUGGUUCUUUCAGCAGCAGCGGUGGUCGAGGGCACUCAGGCAGCGGCGGCAGUCGAGGAAGGGGAGCCCGAGUCAGCGGCAAGGCCAAUCGCCUCAGCCAGGAGGACGCCGGCGGCACCGAUCUCCCAGCUGAAUCCGGCCUCUCCCUUUCUACCCUGAGUUACGUCGUCAACGUCAGCAUCGGCAGCCCUGCGACGACCCUCUCCCUGGUCUUCGACACCGGAUCCCCCAUCACCUGGACUCAGUGCCGCCCCUGCGUCAAGGAGUGCUACCCGCAGAAACUUUCCAUUUUCGACCCCAGGGGUUCCAAAACCUACUCCAACGUAUCAUGCUCCUCCCCCCUCUGCUCUGCCCUGGGUUACUUGAGAGGGAAUUGCUCGUCGGCCACCUGCGUGUACGGGAUAGGGUACGGCGACGGGUCCUACACUGUGGGCUACUUUGCAAAAGAACGAUUGAGCUUGACGCCGCCGUCGUCGGAUACCUUCGACAACUUCUUUUUCGGGUGCGGGCAGAAAAACAAUGGACUCUUCGGCAAUGUUUCGGGGCUUCUCGGCCUCUCCCCGGGCAAGUUCUCGGUCGUCUCUCAGACCGCAAAAGUGUACGACAAAAUCUUCUCCUACUGCCUCCCCACGCAAGACGGAAACGGAGGUUAUCUGGAAUUCGGGAACAGGGAUGGAAUAAAUAACAACAAAUUGAUCCGCUUCACGCCAUUGACCAAGGUGAACAACGACACGUCUUUAUACUACAUCCAACUCCAGUCCAUCAGCGUGGGCGGGGAGAGGCUCCAGAUUGAGCCGGCAGUUUUCAGCAAUGUCGGAACGAUCAUCGACUCCGGCACCGUCAUAACCCGGCUCCCGCCCGAUGCGUACAAGGCGCUCAAAUCCGCCUUCGCGGGGCAUAUGAUGAUGAAACAUUACACAAAAGCACAAAACUUUUCCCUAUUUGACACCUGCUUCGACUUCAGCAAGAUAGGCAGCGGGGGUAAUAUUACCUACCCCAAGAUAGAGUUCCACUUCAGCGGGGACGUGACUGUGGAAAUACCGUCCACCGGGAUCUUAUUGGCGAUCGACAAGGAGUUAACCCAGGUGUGCCUGGCCUUCGCCGGUAACGAGAAACCCGAUGAUGUGGGCAUUUUCGGAAACACGCAGCACCAGACUCUGGAUGUGGUAUACGACGUCAAAAAAUGGAGGCUCGGCUUCGGGGAAGGCCGCGGUCGCUGUACCUGAUGCAUGCAUGCAUGCAUGUUUUCUUUUUCUUUCAUUUUUUAACUAAGUUUAUCAAAAUUGAUCGAGUACCCUAUUUGAGUAUUUGUAAUUGUACUCUACUCUACAUCCUUCUAUCUUGUGUUAUGGUAACUAAUGUGAUGUAGUAGUAGGGUAGUCUCCCUAGCUCGUCUCGAUCUCUUCUCUUGUCCUGUCUUGAUUUCAUUCUACUGCAGUAUUCUUUCGAAUAUAUAUACAAUGUUGUU